GCUUGGCUGGGUGGGGGUGAGCUGAACGCGGCCACGAUGAUGUAGCAGGCUUGAGCCCAUGCACCACUUGUCUCGAGCCGCUUCGUACUUCUGCUCUUUCGUCCAGCCCUGUCUCUAGUAGGUAGACUUCAAUCAAAUUCGGUCGUUUUUGGGUGUGCCUCUGACUCUAAACUCAGGGUCUCCUCAGCAUCAUCCUCGACCUGUGGACAAGCCACCAAGGCCACACCCCCUGCCGCGCAUGACAGACAGGCGAGAACACAUCUACUUGGACUUUAAUAUUAUUUCUCGACAAUGGAAGAAAAAGCUCUGAGGGAAGAUACUUUUCCUGCGCCAUAUAAAACGGCAACAGGGACAGUUGGCGGCGUUUCAACCGAAGCCUCCUCCAUGACGUUCUCGGACAAGAUCAUGGUCACGCUGUCACAGGAAGGCCGUCUGGCACAAUGGGUCCAAGUGCAGCUUUCGGCACCGUCCGCGGCCAUGGUUGAGAUGGCCCUCCCAAGAACAAACAUAGGCUCCCUGCCGCCCGCUCAUCUGACAGCCACAACACUGCUGGGGGCAGGCAGCGACGGCCGCGAGACAGUCGGCCAUCUCUACGCUGCGCAGAUAGCAAAUUUUCUGUCGCUCAAGAAUCCGGAUGAGAAGCGCACCUUGAUUCUUGGCCUAGGCUUGCGGAAGGCCGAAGCCGACAGGGAGGCUUUCUUUGACGUUCUGGAGCUUGUCCAGCAAGUUUUAUGAGGGAGAGUUAGGAACUGCGGCGCAAGGCAACCAGGCCGGAACCAAGAGCGCUAGACGAAGGCCAAAGAACACGUGUGGGUAGGGAAAUAUUGCCUCUGAUGUCAAUACAUUAUGUCGUUGCCUGAGUGUGUCUGGAGGAGGAGGAUAGCAGGAUUAGGUACCAGGUGCCUUGUGGCUAUGGUACCCACCGAGAUAGAUAGGUCUUUGGAGGCAUUCGACCUUGAUAAAAGUCAAGUGCAAGUGCUAGCUAUAUCGACAUAUAAACACACGAAAAAAGUGCAGUCGGUAGGCGGUUGUUGUUCGGAGAGGGUUAAGGGGGGGUAAAGCCGAAGUCGAACUCGAGGGAAAAAAAACACAAAACGGUGGAAACAGGCAGACAGCCCGCGGCGGAAAGGCCACCCACUAAGCAACAUUGUAUUGUGUAAACAAACAAAC